AUGCGCGCGCAGCACAGAGCGCUGAUCGACGGUGAUGACGAGUGGCGCUGCAGGGGACGAUGCAGCCGCAGCCUGGUUUUGCUCGCUGGCAGCCUGACCCUGACGACGCAGCUGCUCCUCGCGUGCUUCGUCCUCGACCGAGAGAGCGCCUCGUCAACGGCCUGGCUGCAGAUCGAUGUCGCCAAGCUGACAGCCAUGAUCAAUGGAACAGCAGCACUGACUACCAACGCUCCUCAUGGCCGCGACGAGCUCCUCGGAGGGCUUCUCCCGGCAGGCAUGGACCGGCGGUCGUGCCGGAGUCGGUACGAGUCGUGGCGGUACUACAAGCACUUCCCGUACGUGGCGUCGCCGCACCUCCAGCGCAAGCUACGCGCCUACGAGGCUCGGCACCGGCAGUGCGCCCCCGGCACGCCGCUCUACGUCAAGUCCGUCGAGCAGCUCCGGUCCGGCCGCAGCGCCGAGGGCAUGGAGUGCAACUACGUCGUGUGGAUCCCAUUCGACGGCCUCGGCAACCGCAUUCUGUCCAUGGACAUCGAGGAGUACAUGCGGCUCCCCGUCACCAACCUGCUCGGCGUCGGGCAGGACAUUGAGAAGUCGUACACGAGGCUCCUCGACGCCAAGGUGAUCGGCCCUGCUGCGAACGCGACGGCGGGCGUGCCGCCGUACGUGUACCUGAGCUUAGGGUGGCAGCUCAAGGACCUGCUCUUCUUCUGCGGGGAGCACCAGCUGGUGCUCGCCAAGGUCAACUGGCUGCUGCUGUACAGCGACCUCUACUUCGCGCCGUCUCUGUACACGGUGGCCGAGUUCCAGGACGAGCUCAGGCGGCUGUUCCCGGCCAAGGAGAGCGUGCACCACAUCCUGUCCCGGUACCUCCUCCACCCGACCAACCCCGUGUGGAGCAUGGUCACUAGGUACUACCGCUUGUACCUGGCUUCGGCGUCGUGGAGGAUUGGCGUGCAGAUCAGGAUGUUCAGCUUCACCUCCAUCUCGGCCGACGACAUGUACAACCAGAUCCUCGCGUGCUCCAGGCAGGAGCACAUACUUCCGGAAACCGACGCUGACAAUGACGAGGCUGUGGCCACCGGUGGCCAUGGCUAUGGCAGUGGCUCCAACAACUCUACGGCCAUCUUCAUCGCGUCGCUGUAUGGCGACUACUAUAAGAGGCUGAGGUCGAGGUACUCCGACCAGCACGCAGCGAAGGGCACCGGCGCGAGGGUGGGCGUGUUCCAGCGGACACACGAGGAGCGGCAAGCGACCCAGAACUUGGCGCACAACCAGAGGGCCCUCGCAGAGAUCUAUCUGCUCAGCUUCUCCGAGGCGCUACUCACGUCCGGGCUUUCCACAUUCGGGUACGUGAGCAGCAGUCUCGCCGGCGUGCGGCCGGUGAUCCUGCUCACCGCGUUCGACCACAAGGUCCCUGAGAUACCAUGCCGGCGUGCUGUGUCCAUGGAGCCAUGCAACCUCAAGCCGCCACAGGGCAUGGAGUGCCGGGGCAAGCCCAUGGACAUAGAGGGCCUAGCACGCCACAUCGGGGUCUGCGAGGAUUUCAAGGAUGGGGUCAAGUUUUUUUAUUAG